GGAGUGGGUGGGGCCUGAGAGAUUCGAAAGGAGCCCCGCCCCCAGGAGCCGAUUCCCGGGACAAGGUUGUGGAAGCAAAGCCUCUUCUGUGGAUGCCGAGAUCAGAACUGACUCGCUCUCCUGGCUAGACAUGGAGAAUUUGGAGGAAGAUGUAAAGUUUAUUGUGGAUGAGACCUUGGACUUUGGAGGGCUGUCACCAUCGGACAGUCGCGAGGAGGAAGACAUAGCAGCGUUGGCAACUCCAGAGAAACCACUCCGACGGGGCCUUUCCCACCGAAGUGACCUGAAUGCAGUGGCCCCUGCGCCCCAGGGUGUGAGGCUCAGCUUGGGCCCCCUCAGCCCAGAAAAGCUGGAGGAGAUCCUCCAUGAGGCCAACAGGCUGGCGGCCCAGCUGGAGCAGUGUGCCCUGCAGGAGCGCGAGAGCGCGGGCGAGAGCCUGGGGUCCCGCCGGGUGAAGCCCAGCCCCCGGCGAGAGACCUUCGUGCUGAAGGACAGUCCUGUGCGAGACCUGCUGCCCACGGUGAGCUCUCUGGCUUGGAGCACACCCUCCCCCAGCAGCCUGACGCCUCGACACCGGAGCUCCGAUAAGAAGGGCUCCACCAAGGCUCUUCGGGCAGCAUCUGGAAAGAGGCCCUCUGGCCUCAAGAGGGAAUCGCCCACUUGCAAUCUGUUCCCUGCAUCCAAAAGCCCAGCAUCUUCUCCUCUUGCCCGAUCAACUCCUCCAAUCCGGGGGAAGGCUGGGCCUGGUGGGAGAGCGACAGCAAGCCCACCUACCCCUGUCAGAACGGUCCUGGCCCCACAGCCCGCUACCAGCAACUCUCAGCGCCCGCCCCGGCCACAGGGAGCAGCUGCCAAAUCUUCCAGUCGCCUGCCGAUUCCCUCGGCCAUUCCCAGACCUGCCAGCCGCAUGCCACUCGCCAGCCGGAGUGGGCCACCUGGCAAAGGUGCCCUGCCUCCUGAUUCUGUGUCGACACGAAAAGGGCUUCCCAGACCAAGUGCUGCAGGCCACAGAGUUCCAGUUUCCCAGCGACCAAAUCUUCCUGUCACUGGUGCCACUCGGAACAGUCUGCAGCCCUCCAGGAAAGUUGCAGUCGCAGGACCUACGAGGUAAAGAGAUGGGACCACAAGCAAGAACUCGGUAGCAAAGCACUACACUCACUGCCUGAACUCGUCUGCACUCAGCAGGUCCUGACUCCAGCCGAUUCUGGCCCAGGGGCGGGAGGAAGAGAUACCACCAGGGCCAGUCCCCAGGAAUAGAGACCAGAGAGGAUGAGGUGGAUUAGGGCUGAGCUGGAGGAGACUCAAACUCUCUGGGUUGAAAGAAGAUUAGUGAAAAAGAGGUCACUCCCCAGCAGUGAAAUUAGCAACCAGCAAACGAGAAUGGCAGGCAAGCCGGGGUCCACAUCCACCUCCGCUCGUGCCUCCCGCCCCAGAGGUUGGUCUUCCUGCCUGGAUGCAGACGUGUGAUUUACCUGUGAACGGCCUCUGGGGCUGACCUUGAAGCUCUCGGAGGAGCAGGCUUCCUGAAUCACAGCCUCUGCUGGACUCAGCUGGAGACAGGCACCUGGGCUCCAGAACUCGUUUCCUAUGAAUUCCGUGAGUUCUCACAAGCCAGUUUGUGACAAGCGUACUCCACUAGUCUGCGUUUUUCUAAAAUAAAAUGUAUUUUUAUAUGCUCUGUA